AUGGAGAUAUUACUAGCAUUGGAUUAUGUGCGCCUAUCAGCAUUUGCUGUUUUGCUGCUUUGGGUCAUUGGAGAGUUUCUCAAACUGAAGAAGGGACAACAUGAGGCAGGAAGUGGUGUCGUGAUUUCAGCAGAAAGGAAGGGGGUGACCCUACUCCCAUCACACAUAAUUUCAGUCUGCAAUGCCUCAAUCACGUCAAUACAUAUUGGCUUUGCUGUUCUUGGAGUUUGGAAGCACCAAACCAUCUCCUUGGGCUUCAUCUUCGCCUCACUGUCAUGGAUUUUGGUGACUCUCUUCUCAGUCUACUGCAAACACAAAGGAGCAGGACUUGGAUCAAACUGGCCUGCAGUUCUUGUUUAUUGGUGGGUCUUCAGCUCCCUGUUAGAAUCACUCCUCACUUCAUUGCAUUUGCUCCACCUAAUCAACUCUGCAACUGUUGUCAAUUUCACUUCGCUGCCCUUCUGCGCCGUCAUAUGUCUGUGUCUAGUUGCGAUAGCCAUGAGAACCUCUGUAGCAAACCAAGAUGAACUGAACCAACCAUUGCUCACGAGGGAAGACAGUGGCCAUAGCAGCAGGGAUAGGUUUUCCAGUUCCAGGUGGUGGAGUCAGCUUACAUUCCAGUGGUUGAACCCGGUCUUUGAGAAGGGACACCAGGUACGGCUCGAGAUUGAACACAUCCCAGCUGUUCCUCAGUCAGAGAGGGCAGACCAGUCGUAUGCAUUGCUUCAAGAAACAAUGCAUAAGCAAAACCCAGAGCCGAUGUCACUACAAAAAGGCAUCAUUUGUGCUGUUUGGACACCUUUGGUCAUCAAUGCAGUCUUUGCAGGGCUUAACACUUUAGCUUCUUAUAUGGGACCAUUCUUGAUCACUUACUUAGUGAAGCUGCUCUCCGACAAGAACCCUGACAGAGGCCAUGGACAUGGAUACAUGCUUGCAAGCCUCUUCUUUGUAUCAAAGACAGUAGAGUCACUGUCACAGCGGCAGUGGUACUUUGGCGCUUGUAGAAUUGGAUUUCAGGUGCGUGCAGCACUGAUGGUGUCCAUCUACAAGAAAUCCCUGUUGAUAAAGGACUCAAUUGCGGGGACAGGAAGAAUUGUGAACUUCCUUGAUGUCGAUGUAGAGAAGAUUGUGUUGAUCAUGGUGAGCAACACACCCCUGGCAAAGUCACAGAAGAAUCUCAACAUGAAGAUCAUGGAGGCGAAGGACUCAUGCAUCAAGGCCACAGCAGAGGCUCUUAAAAGCAUGAGGAUUUUGAAACUGCAUGCAUGGGAGACAGCCUACUUGGACAAGCUUUUGAAGCUCAGGGAUGUGGAGAGAGGGUUGCUCAGAAGGUAUCUGUACACAUGCUCGGCAAUAACCUUCCUCUUCUGGGCAUCACCAACGUUGGUCUCAGUUGUCACCUUUGGAAUUUGCAUUCUUGUAGACGUUCCAUUGUCGGCAGGAACUGUACUAUCAGCCCUUGCUACUUUCAGAAUCCUCCAAGAUCCAAUCUACAACCUCCCAGAGUUAGUGUCAAUGGUCACACAAACCAAGGUGUCCCUAGAUAGAAUCGAAGAGUUCAUCAAAGAAGACUACCACACAAAUCCAAGUAGCUAUGGCAGUAGAAGUAGCACAGAGAAGCAGUCUGUGGCUGGCAUUGUGGAGCUUGGAGCAGGAGAAUACAGUUGGGAAGCCACUGAUAACAACUUGAAGAAUACAAAGUUCACACUGAAGAUUGAUAGAAAGGUGGACAUCAUGAAGGGUCAUAAAGUUGCUGUGUGUGGGCCAGUUGGCUCAGGAAAAUCAAGUCUCCUUUGUGCCAUCAUGGGUGAGAUUCCAAGGGUCAGCGGUGCAAAAACAAUGGUUGUUGGGUCAAGGGCAUAUGUGCCACAGAGUGCAUGGAUUCAAACCGGGACAAUUCAGGACAAUGUGCUUUUUGGGAAGGCCAUGGACAAGGCCCGAUAUGAUGAGGUGCUACAAGGGUGUGCUUUGAAUAAAGAUGUAGAACUAUGGGCUAAUGGAGAUAUGACUGUGGUAGGGGAAAGAGGCAUGAACCUAAGUGGUGGCCAGAAGCAGAGGAUUCAGCUUUCCAGAGCAUUGUACAGUGAUGCUGAUGUUUACCUCUUGGAUGAUCCCUUCAGUGCGGUUGACGCACACACUGGAGCACACCUCUUCAAGGAAUGUUUAAUGAGUCAAAUGUCCUCAAAGACAGUCAUACAUGUAACUCACCAGCUAGAGUUUCUGCGAGAUGCGGAUCUUGUUUUGGGCUUGGGCACCAACAAAUACAAGAAGAAGCAAAUGGAGCUCACAGAGAUAGAGCCAGAUCACACUGUGCUAGGAAGGGAAAGUGAGGAAGAGCGUGAAUCUGGAAGGGUCAAAUGGGGUAUCUACCGAAAGUUUGUUACCUCAGCCUACAGGGGAGCCCUCAUUACCGUAAUUCUUGCAUGCCAAGUCCUUUUCCAGGCAUUGCAGAUAUGUAGCAACUACUGGAUUGCAUGGGCAUCAGAGAGGAAAGAACUAGCAUCAACAGAUCAAAGCACAGUUGACAUAGACAUUCCUUACAGGCUAGCAGGGCUGAUAUUUGCACUAAUUCAGCUCCUCAGUAUCAUUUUCAUUAUGUCCCAAAUUGCUUGGCCCAUACUAUUUUUAUUCAUAGUAAUAAUUUCCAUAUCCACUUGUUAUCAGAGCUAUUACAUCAGUUCAGCGAGAGAGCUAGCGAGGUUGGUUGGCAUUAAAAAGGCUCCAAUUCUCCACCAUUUUUCUGAGACUAUAUCAGGGGCUGCAACAAUUAGAUGCUUUAAUCAGGGAGAACUUUUUUUAAGAAAGAGCCUUACACUAAUAGACGACUACUCCCGCAUCACCUUCCACAAUGCAGCAACGAUUGAAUGGUUGUGUGUCCGUAUCAACUUCCUCUUCAACCUGGUAUUCUUUGUGAUGCUGGUCAUCCUUGUCUCCUUGCCUCAUGAUACUAUUGACCCAAGUAAGUUUUCCCAUAACAAAACUACUAGUACCAUUCAAUGCUUCAACCUAGUUCUGUAG